UACACUGCUGUUGAUCAGCUGUUAAUCAGCUGUGGUUUAAUUAAAUCUUCACGCAUUUUAUAGUUUAUUACACAGAAAUCGAAGAAAAAUAUAUUAUGAGUUUCAUUAGGAGUGGGCGUCGAAUACUCAUAGCGGGCAUAUUGCCAAGCUUACCGGGCGAUCCAUCGCAGAAUGACAUCGUUUCUAAAGACACAAAGACUUACAAGUCAUAUCUGCAAAACAAACCAGACGUGAAUGAGACCGGAUGGGAGCGUUUGAAAAAUUUGUUUAAAGUUGACGAAUUUGGCAGUAUAUCUUCAGACUUGAACUCAAUUUAUCAGGCGGGUUUUGUCGGCUUUAUGUUUGGCGCUAUUUAUGGCGGUGUUAUACAAUCUCGGACGGCAUACAUGAACUUUAUGGAGAGUAACCAAGCGACAGCAUUUAAAUCACAUCUUGAUGCAAAACGCAAAUUGCAAGAUGAGGUAACCAUGAGUUUUGCGAGAGGUGGAUUUAAAUGGGGCUGGCGAAUUGGUUUGUUCACGACUUCAUACUUUGGCAUAAUCACAUGCGUGUCCGUGUAUCGGGGUAAAUCCUCCAUCUUUGAAUAUAUUGCAGCAGGUUUAAUUACCGGCAGCCUAUAUAAAAUGAACUUAGGUCUACGAGGCAUGGUUGCGGGAGGUGUUGUUGGUGGUGUGCUGGGGACCGUAGCAGGUGCGGCAUCGCUUGCACUACUCUAUGCAUCUGGUACUUCCAUGGAAGAGAUACGUUAUUGGCAAUAUAAAUGGCGAUUACAGCGUGAAAAUGUUGUGCACGAGGCAAUGAAGGCGCAAGAAGACAUAGCACAUAAAACGCCCAGUCUCUUUAAGGAGCACGAUGAAAAAGUUGGCGAUAAAGUAACUUUGGAUGCUAUUAAAUAAAACCUCGACAGGAAAAAGGAUCGAAAACAAUUGUGUUUAAGUUAACUAGUAGAAAAUUAACUUUUUAUUUUGGAUGUACACACACAUGUAUAAUUAAUAAUAGAUACAUUUUUAUGUUAUAUUGCAAUUUCUAAACGCUUAAAUACAGCUAUACAGCUACAUAUGUAUAUAGAA